AUGUAUCAAUGCGAUAUUUGCCAAAUGCAAUUCAGUCAAAAGAUGCAAGAACACUCAAUGACUCAUAUCAAAACAGGAAUUUAUUUCGACUGCCCGGUUGCAUUUUGCCUUAACCAAUUCAAUCACCACACGACACUGAGAUCUCAUCUGGACGAGGCCCAUAAUGUUUCUGCUAUAUCUCCAGCGUCCUGUAAACGUUGCUCAUUACUUUUUGCAAAUUCACGUCGUUUGCUUCUCCAUUACCAGACACGUCAUGAUGACAGAGAG